GAAAGAAGUAUUGGUUUUGGGCCUAACGGGCUUUUAAAUCUUUUUUCAUCAGCUUUAUAAUUAACACUUGGUGCCCCUCUCCACACCUUGAUGUUAUAUACACCAACGUUGAAUUUUUCUCUCUAUCACAAAUCUUUCUCAAAAAAAAUGGCCGAUCAGCUGACCGAUGAUCAGAUCUCCGAGUUCAAGGAAGCUUUCAGCCUAUUUGACAAGGACGGAGAUGGUUGCAUCACGACGAAAGAGCUUGGAACAGUGAUGAGGUCGCUAGGCCAGAACCCGACAGAAGCAGAGCUUCAAGACAUGAUCAACGAAGUUGACGCUGACGGCAACGGGACCAUAGACUUUCCCGAGUUUCUCAACCUGAUGGCGCGUAAGAUGAAGGACACGGAUUCUGAGGAAGAGCUCAAAGAAGCUUUCAGGGUCUUCGACAAGGACCAGAACGGUUUCAUCUCCGCUGCGGAGCUGAGGCACGUGAUGACUAAUCUGGGGGAGAAGCUGACUGAUGAAGAAGUUGAUGAGAUGGUCAGAGAAGCUGAUGUUGAUGGGGAUGGUCAGAUCAACUACGAUGAGUUUGUCAAAGUUAUGAUGGCUAAGUGAGGAAAAAACAAUUUCUCAAUCUCUCUCUUUUUUUUUUUUUUUGUUGAAGUUGAAAGUAGUCUGGUUUUUUUGUUCAUUGUCAUAUCAUACAUUCGUUUCUUCUUCUAGUGAUUCUUGGUCUCCUAAUAAUUUUAUGUUUAUCAAAUUGACUAUUUGUGACUCGUGACUCGGGCUUGUUUGUUUGUUUGGAAAAGAUUCAAAAGGUGUGUGUUUCUCGGUGAAACUACCAUUAUACUGGUCA